CCCCCGCCUCACCCUACCAGGAACCGGGUGGGCGGGAACUGGGCGGGAGGGUCCGCUGCGCAUGCCCGUGGCCGUUCCUGCAGGGCGGGGCGGUUCCCACGUGUCGGGGCCGUUCUGGCGGCGGUUCCGUUUAGGAAAGAAGAUGGCUCAUCCCAACCCUCUCCCAUUUCCAUGCCCAGUCCAGCUUGGAUGUAUAAAAGGAGACUCCCUGGAAGCUCACCUGCAUGAGUAUGUCAGGGAAGAGAACUAUGUGAAAGUGAAGAAGCUUCUGAAAAAAGCGUCUGUGGCUGAAGAAAGGAACCGAGAUGAUUGGUGCAGCCUUGUGAAGACAGGACUUGAGUACCCUUACAGAGAUGAAACAUUUCUGAAGGUUCCUGAACGUUGCCUAUCCAGUUACUAUACAAGAAAGAAUCCUCUGCUUAGUCAGAGCUUAGUCAAGCUCUCCAAAUUUCACAUGAUGGUCACACAGCACUCUCUAUUUUUGUCAACCAUCCUGAGGUCAGUAGAAGAAAAUGGCACGACAAUCCAGACGAGAGUGUUCUCUCCAUCCAGCAACAGGCCUCCCAUGUAA